AAGCCAAGGGUAUGUAUGAACUUUGAUAUGUAUUAUACUUGAAAUGUAGAAUCCGUAAUCAUAUCAGGUUGCUCUUAUCAAAUUAGCAGAAUUUCUAUGCUGGUAUAUAUAAAUAACAAGAGCGUUUUUAAGAGCAGUCCCAUUUACAGAAUCGAACAGUCAGUUUAACAUGGAAAUAAAAGAUGAGGCUGAUACUGAUCACAUGGUGUCACAAAAUACGGAGAAAAAGAAUGAGCCUAUUAAUUAUGUACUUAUAGUACUGUUUUAUUUCUUAGGAACUACUUGUUACUUACCGAGCAGUUUUUAUGUGACAGCAAACGGGUACUGGAUGUUCAAAUUUAGGGAUCCUAACUUGGCCUUUAAUACCUCAGAUACCCAGAAAACGACAUUGCAAAAGAACUUUACAGCCUACACAAGUAUCGCUGGCAAUGUUGGCACGAUUACUUUCUUAUUUGUUACAUUUGCACUUAUGAAGAAAAUUUCGCUUAAAAAACGGAUCAUUGGUGGCAUGGUUUCAUUAUUGAUGCUCUUUGUACUAACUUGGUUCUUCAUAUUCCUCGAUACGGACUCGUGGCAAUCUGGGUUUUUCGUCAUCGCUGUUGGAGUAGGAGGACUACUACAUUGUUGUUUUUCCGUCCUUAUGAUCUCCUUCUUUCAACUGUCCACUCGAUUUCCUUUGAGGUAUUUGGCUGCGCAGCUCGCAGGACAGUCGCUGUGUGGCAUACUGGCAGCCUCAGUGCAGGUAUUUGCUUUGCUAGUUACAUCCUCUGUCAAAGUUACUGCCGGUUUCUUUUAUGCCAUUGCAGUUUUUGUUGUUGGAGGUACAAUCAUUGCGUUCGUAGUAAUCUCGAAUAAAUCCGAAUACCUUAGAAAUAAGCUAGAGUGGACACCAGCAGUCGUCGAGAGACCAGCAGCGUUUAAUAUUGGUGCUAUUAUACCAUUGCUCAAGAAGCUUUGGUUGCUGUUGCUGGCUUUAAGUUUGUGUUUGGUUAGUACCCUCAUUUUGAACCCCGGACUCACCGCCUUAGUAGAGUCUUCUAGCAAGGGUACGAAUGAUUGGAGUGAUAUUUAUUUCGUGCCAGUGACUGUGUUCCUUUUAUUUAAUGUUAUGGAAUUUGUUGGUAGAGAAAUAUCUAAUUACGUUGCAGUGUUGAAAAUUGUAUAUGUCAUUCUUGGGACAUCUGUAGUGCGAUUAGUCCUAUUUCCACUAAUACUGCUUUGUAAUAUCCAACCUAGGAAUCACCUACCUGUUGUGUUCCACGAAGAUGCAUGUUUUAUAAUUUUUAUGAUUUUAUUAGCAUUUUCUAGUGGAUAUGUGCAAAACGCCGUUAUAAUCAUACUACCAGGUUAUUGUGAACGCGAAGAGAAGUUCAUGUGUAUGUUAACUAUUAUGUUCGUUAUGCUGGUAUUUGCGACACUAGCAUCGAUUCUUAGUGGUGUGGUUGUUAACUUAAUAUAAGAAAAACUUUGCUGUUUUUAUACCAAGAAGAAAUAUAUCUAUUUUGUUAGUAACUGAUUAUUUUAUUCAUGUAUAUAGAUUGUUACAAAAAUAUAGCUCAAGACUGCAGAAGCUUUGAAGGAAAAUAACAGGACAAUUACAUUAAGUAAUUUUUCACCUAGUAUCUCAAUUUCUAGACACAUGGUAUCAAAGUUACAAUUUAAAAAUAGAGUAGUUACUUUAUUUGCUGUUUGUUGUCACCACAAAAUAUAUAGUUUCGUUUUAACAAUUGUAAAAUGAAUUUCAAUAGACUAAAACCAA